AUGUCAGCAUGCCAGACACAGGUGAAGAUUUGUGAGCCAGGAGGAAGUGGAAUCCUCCUUCCGCUUUUCGGGGACGAAGAGCAGGAAUGGCGCAAAGGAUUGAGAGCGGUUCUUUAUCUGCUCGGCUUGCUCUGGUUGUUCAUGGCCGUCGCGACUGUUUCUGACAUCUUUAUGGGUGCCAUUGAAGAGAUCACAUCAAAGAAGAAGAGAGUCCUGAACGCUGCAACGGGCAGACACUUCACGGUGAAGGUUUGGAACGAUACCGUGGCGAACCUGACACUCAUGGCUCUGGGGUCCAGUGCACCAGAAAUCCUCUUGUCAGUAAUCGAGCUGCUCGGGAACAGCUUCUACAGUGGAGAUCUUGGGCCAUCUACCAUAGUAGGCAGUGCUGCCUUCAACCUCUUCUGCAUCUCGGGGGUGUGCGUGAUGGCCAUUCCGGACAAUGAGGUGAGGUAUAUCAAGGACACGAAUGUUUACCUCGUUACAGCCGUCAUUUCCUUGCUUGCGUACCUAUGGCUCUACCUCGUGGUGUCCGUGAUUUCGCAGGACAUGGUGGACAUUUUUGAAGGCAGGAAGUCGCACGGUGGAAGCUGCCCCACAGACCCGCGACAUAUUUCCUGCACAGUGCAAGAGUGA